AUGAGCGAAACACAAUUCCUGAAUUCCGCUACUGAAACAGAUUCUAACUUCAAAUCUCCCCAUUUAAGCACAAGUUGCUCCCAUUUGCCCGUCAAAUUCACCAUCUAUGAACCGGACCCAGAAGACUCAGAUGAUUCCCAUCGCCUAGCUCAAGUAUCUAUAUCGAAUAAUAUGGUUGAUACGAAAGCUAUUGGCGACCUGUUCGACGAUAAUGAAGGUAAACGCUCGGUUAUGUCAAGUGUCCUUGGACCUUAUGUUCUCAAAAACACUCUAAGCAAUUCAUUCGCCUCCAUACCUAAUCACAUAAGAUCUGGAGAAUAUAAAAACAAGCAAUAUAAUACUAGUAAACAAUCUUGUCAAAAUAAUGCAAUAAAUUCUCUGCUUACAUCCAAAACAAGUUUGUCAUCAUCAUCGAUAAUUGGCUCGCAUAAAUUACAUCAAAGUAGUCAAAAUAUUCCAUUGAUUGGUCUGCGCUCCAAUUCCAACUUGACUAUAUCAUCAUUGUCAACAGUUCAAAGCCGUCAUAUUGUCGAGUCCAGUUCUACAAGUGCAUUAUCCAAUCAAAAUGUUUCAAAGCCAAGUCGAUCUCGACCUAGACGUUUUGCAAAUCUUUACAGCUCAUUAACUCCAUCCUACCGAACGAAAUUGGAACAAUUUCGACGUAUUUUUCGUGAUACUCCUGUUGAUACUGAACGACUACUUGUAGAUUAUUCAUGUGCUUUAUCUAAGAAUAAUAAUGGUCUAUUACUGCAAGGUCGAAUGUACAUUACUGAAACAUGGGUGUGCUUUUACUCAAAAAUUCUAUACGAACAGAAAAUAUUUUUGGCCGUCAAUGAGAUCGUUGCAAUUACCAAAGAGAAAACCGCUCGUGUUAUACCAAAUGCGAUCCAAAUUUUAUAUUCUAAAAAUCAUGAACGAUUUUUCUUCACAUCAUUCGCUUCCAGAGAACGAUCUUAUGCAAUAUUACGCAAAGUUUGGGAAAAUUGUCGUAAUCAUCAGACAAUGAGCAUUGAUGAAAUAUUACAACAAAUACGUGAUAUGUAUGGUGAUUAUAGUUUAGCUAUGGUUGAAGAUGAAGAAGAUACAGAUGGUGAUGCUGAAUUAGUGCCGACUACUUUUCCUCAUAUGCCGCGAACUUUAUCCGAUUCAUCUCUGUCUUCACAACUCACUGGUCGAUCGAAGUCGGCUUCACUUGAAGAUGUGUGCCAUUCGGAUCAACCAGUUAAUCUCGAUCGCUCUUCUAAAUGUUCCGUACUAGGAACUACGGAUGAUGAAUUAAAAGUUGUAUCCGAUGCUGAUAUUCCUUUUAAACGUGUUCCAUCCUUUUCAGAUCCGAGUCACUUCAGUACAAUUGGGGAUGAACCACAGUCUCAACAACUAAACACUAUCAAACGUUGUCCUACCCCUGAAGUUAAAUGUCAUUUAACAUCAGGAACUACACCUAAUGAAGUUAUGUCAGAUAGCUUUCAAGUGCCUCAUAAAUCUGUAAAAGAGAAAAAGAAACGUACGCGAAAAAAGCGUCUCGGAUCUCACCAUCAUGAUGAAGUAUCUAGUUCAAAACUAAUGCAACUUAAUUACUUGAAUACUCAGGACCCGUCACUUCCAGAUACAUCUGUAGUAAGUUCUACGGAACCUCCUAUCACAUGUGGUCCAGGUCACGAUCAUCCAGGUAGAGUGUAUACAAACACUGACAUUCCAUUGAAUGUUAACGCCUUAUUUCAAUGUAUUUUCACGGAUUCGGAAUUCUUCUCGCGAUUCAGUGAACAUCGUGGUACAUUUGGAAUGAUUCAAUCUCCAUGGCCAAUAUUUAAGUGGUCUAGUCCAUCAGAAUGUUUAAAUCAGUUAGAAACUUCUAGUAAAAUUGAAAGAACUAUUACCUAUACACUAACAUUAAAACAGAAACUCGGCCCAAGAACAUGCACGGCAGUAGAACAACAGACUCUUCUCUUAAGUGAAUCCAUAUCUGGGAAAAGAUAUAUCAUUGAUGCUAAAGUUACAAAUCAUGCUGUACCACUAAGUAAUUGUUUCUAUGUAGUUAGUCGUUAUUGUCUAUUGUAUGUAAAUCGUACAACUAGCCGACUACACGUUAGUUCACAAGUUAUUUAUGAGAAACCAGUGUUUUUUGGAGCAAAAAGUAUCAUAGAAAACACUUGUCAUUCUGGUCUUUCGGAUUUCUUUGAUACAAUAACUAUUAAAUUAAAAGAAUUCUCUACAAAUUUAUCCUUAGAAGAACGUCUAACCGGUGGUUGGUUAGCACAACAGAGAGGAUGCUUAAACAAUAUUACUCCUUCGUUAAAUCCAUCAAAUAUUCAAAAUAAUCCACUACUAAUUCAAAGUGUUAAUGGUAAUCAGAAUAAUCGUAAACUUAAUAAAGCUGAUACAUUGUUUACAGGGAAUGUAAACAGUAGUAAAGUUCCUGCAUCACGAUAUUCUGAUCAAGCGAAAUCAUCUAUAUUCAACAACUGUAUAAAUGAUAAUGCAAAUGUUAAAAAACAAAAUAAAACUACACUAUUCGGGUCUGGUGAUAUGACUUACUUAUUUAUGCGUCCAGAUCGUGCUUGGUUAUUACUAGUUGUUAUAGGUUUAUUACUUUGCUUAUUCUUAUCAAUGGUAUAUAAUCGGCUAGUAGUUUUAGAAAAACUAGCGGAACAAUUUCCUCCUCUAUCAGCUCAUGAUCGGAAUCAUUUUCAUGAUCUGUUUGGAACAUCACCACAAGAAGAUCGAGGAUCUAUACCAAUUUACAAGGAUCAUUUAGCUUCAAAAUCACCUGAAUGGGCAAGAACACGAUUAAAAGUGAUGAAAGAUCUCAUACACCUGUUAUCUAAAACACUUAUACAGAUGCAACAGACAUUAACUCAAGUACAACAGGGUAUAGAACUUCUAGAAUUCCCACCAUCUAACUUGGAGGAUAAUAUCAAGACAAGUAUGAAUGUGAAGACUCCGACAAAUACAGAUACGAAUUGUCCAGAUACUCAAACUAAACAUGUACCUUAA